GAGGAGGAUUGCCCAAGCCUUAUAAAGAGACCACUCAUCUCAUUAACCACCACCAAUGUGGAUUUUCUUUUCAAUCUUUAACAGAAAUACUUAGAUGUGCAUUCUCAAUGUUGUGGUCUUGAGUUGUCAGUUGCCAAGUUAAGGUUCAUAUCUAUGUACUAUGCCUAUAUUAUUUACACCAGUUGUUCACAUAUGAAUGUACCAUUGGUUGAAGUGGUAAACUUUUGUCUGCUUAUAGAAUUUUGGACAAUUUGAACAAUCUCUGAGCUAGCUUUUUGGAAGAAUCUCAAAAUCCAUUUUCUUUUAUCAUUUGGGAUGAAAUUUAGUUUUGGCUUCUGUUAUUCCUUACUGUUACUGCUGCAACUCAAGUCUUGAGUAUCUAACUCUUCAUGCAUUGGAUGAACAACUAAAAAGUAGAAAAUUUCUAACACAAUGCCAUGGUUCAAGAAUCUCAUCAAAAUCUCCUCUACCAUUUUGAACCAAUCAUCAUCUUACAAAUCUAUGACCCCACUAGUCUCACCUUCACUUACCCAAUUUCUACAAUUCACUAAAGACUACUCUACCAAUAAUAAUGGGAUUACUAAUCAUCAUGUUGCUGGUUUGGAACCAACAAAAAAUGACCAAAAGCCAAGGGUGGUCGUGUUAGGCUCUGGAUGGGCAGGUUGUAGGUUAAUGAAGGACAUUGACACUAACAUUUAUGAUGUUGUUUGUGUGUCUCCUAGGAACCAUAUGGUGUUCACUCCAUUAUUGGCAUCUACUUGUGUUGGUACUCUUGAGUUUAGGUCUGUUGCUGAACCAAUUGGAAGGAUUCAACCUGCUAUUUCAAGAGAACCAAGUUCUUUUUUCUUUCUUGCUAAUUGCAGUGCCAUUGAUUUUGAUAAUCAUACGGUACAAUGCCAAACUGUGACAGAGGGAGUUGAAACCGUGGAGCCGUGGAAUUUCAAUAUCUCAUAUGACAAGUUAGUCAUUGCAUCUGGAGCAGAAGCUUUGUCAUUUGGAAUUAAGGGUGUAAGCGAGCACGCUACUUUUCUUCGUGAAGUUUACCAUGCUCAGGAAAUUCGGAGGAAACUACUUCUAAAUCUCAUGUUGUCUGAUGUUCCUGGAGUUAGUGAGGAAGAAAAGCGUCGACUCUUACACUGUGUUGUAGUUGGAGGUGGUCCGACAGGAGUCGAGUUCAGUGGCGAACUUAGUGACUUUAUCCGUAAGGAUGUUCAUCAAAGAUAUUCUCAUGUCAAAGACUACAUUCGUGUCACGUUGAUUGAGGCAAAUGAGAUACUGUCCUCCUUUGAUGAUCGUCUGCGUACAUAUGCAACUAAACAGUUGACUAAGUCAGGAGUUCGUCUUGUACGAGGCCUUGUCCAAGAUGUGCAACCAGAGAAGAUAAUUCUUAGUGAUGGCACAGAAGUCCCUUAUGGUCUAUUAGUGUGGUCUACCGGUGUUGGCCCUUCACCUUUUGUCAACUCACUUGAUAUACCAAAAGCUAAAGGAAGGAUUGGAAUUGAUGAAUGGUUACGCGUCCCAUCAGUACAAGAUGUAUACUCAAUUGGUGAUUGCAGUGGUUUUCUUGAAAGUACAGGCAGACAAGUGCUUCCAGCACUGGCUCAAGUUGCAGAGAGGCAGGGAAAAUAUCUAGCAAGUCUGUUGAACAAAGUGGGUAAAGAAGGUGGAGGGCAUGCCAAUUCUGCACAAAACAUGAACUUUGGAGAUCCAUUUGUCUACAAACAUUUGGGAAGCAUGGCUACUAUUGGAAGAUACAAGGCCCUUGUGGACCUCAGAGAGAGCAAGGAAGCAAAAGGUGUAUCCCUAGCAGGAUUCACUAGUUUUUUUGUUUGGCGUUCAGCAUAUCUGACUCGUGUAGUAAGCUGGAGGAAUAAGUUUUAUGUUUUAGUUAACUGGUUGACAACCUUAAUCUUUGGUCGUGACAUAAGUAGGAUAUAGACACAAAAACAAAAAUGGUUCCUUGAGUUUCACCAUAAGGUAUCAUGCAUGUACUCUUGUGCGCUCGUUGGAUUUUGUGCAAGCAGCGUCUGUCUAUUAUCAAGAUUUCGAUUAGGGGUUGUAGAGAUCACGGAGAUGUACUUCAUGUCCCAAAAUGUUUUACUUUGCAUUAUUUUCAUAUGACGUCGGUGUAUUUGUACAUAUUCAUACCAACUUUUAAGAAAAAAAAAUAUGUACAUAUUUAUCGAAUGAAAAUUUUUAGAUUGUUGUUA